AUGCUCUGCAGCCGGGCCGUGGCGAGACUGAGGGGGAGGGCCUUGGUGCUCGGUGGGGGUCCGGGGCUGCUUCCUCGCCCCAGGUUUCCUGUGCAGCAUCAGCCGCGGAGGCACUUGUCCCUGCACGAAUACUUGAGCAUGAGGCUCCUGAAGGAAGCGGGGCUCCGUGUGCCGGAGGGGCAGGUGGCCAAGACACCGGAAGAAGCUUACAAAGUGGCCAAAAAAAUCGGCACGCAGGACCUUGUUGUCAAGGCCCAGAUCUUAGCUGGCGGCCGGAGAAAGGGAGUCUUUGAAGGUGGCUUCAAAGGCGGGGUGAAAGUGGUCUUUUCCCCGGAAGAAGCCAAGGACGUCUCCUCCCACAUGAUUGGGAAGAAGCUCUUCACCCGGCAGACGGGAGAGAAGGGCCGGAUCUGCAACGAGGUCUGGGUCUGCGAGCGCAUCUAUCCCCGGAGGGAGUGCUACUUUGCCAUCGCCAUGGAGAGGGCCUUCCAGGGGCCGGUCCUCAUCGGCAGUUCUCAGGGGGGGGUCAGCAUCGAGGAGGUGGCCGCAAAGGAUCCCGAGGCCAUCAUCAAAGAGCCGGUGAACAUCAUGGAAGGCCUGAAAAGGGAACAAGCCCUUCGGCUUGCGGAGAAGAUGGGGUUCCCCACCGGCUUGGCUCGUGAAGUGGCGGAUAGCAUGAUUAAGAUCUACAACUUCUUCAUUAAGUAUGAUGCCAUCCUAGUAGAAAUCAACCCCCUGGCCGAAGAUUCAGCGGGGUCGGUGAUAUGCAUGGAUGCAAAGGUGACGUUCGAUAGCAAUUCCGCUUUCCGCCAGAAAGAAAUCUUCAAGCUUCAGGACUGGACCCAGGAGGACAUAAGAGACAGGAAUGCAGUCAAGGCAGAUCUCAAUUACGUAGGCAUGGAGGGGAGCAUCGGCUGCCUGGUGAACGGGGCUGGCCUGGCGAUGGCCACCAUGGACAUCAUAAAAUUCCACGGAGGCACGCCGGCCAACUUUCUGAACGUGGGCGGCAGCGCUACGGUGCAGCAGGUCACGGAGGCCUUCAAGAUAAUCACUUCCGAGGACAAGGUGCAAGCCAUCCUGGUCAAUAUCUUCGGAGGCCUGAUGCGAUGCGACGUUAUCGCCCAGGGGAUCAUUAUGGCAGCCAAAGAUCUGGACUUGAAAAUACCAAUCGUUGCCCGUCUCCAAGGCACCCGAGGUGACGACGCCAAAACUUUAAUCGCAGAGAGCAAGCUGAAGAUCCUCGCCUGCGAUGACUUAGAUGAAGCCGCCAAAAUGGUCAUCAAACUCUCUGAAAUCAUGAUCCUAGCCAAGGAAGCGCCGGUGGAUGUGAAGUUCCAGUUUCCAGUUGACUGA